UCGUGAGCGCGCACCGGCACGUGGUCCCGCCGGAACCAAUCAGAGGCCGGGGAUUUGGGGGGCGAAGCGCGCUCUCGCGGACAGUUCCGGCGGGAGAGACGCGGGAGCUGAAAGCGUGACUGUGCCUCUUCCCCGCUCCCGCCAGGCCGGACCCGUCCGACGCCGCCAUGUCCGAGGAGAAGCCCAAGAAACAUAGCUCAGAGAUUUGGAACUGACAGCAUGGCUACCUUGAUUGCUGAGGAAAAAUAUAUGUGUGCUGCCAGAGAUGCUAAUGUGUGGUUUCUGGGCAAUUCCUGGAUCACAAUGUUGGAGAAGUUUGCAGGAGAGUAGUUGCAAGAAUGGAUCCCUAACUGCUGACCAGUAAGCUGCUCGCUCUGACCAACACGUCACAAGUGACAGUGGAGUUAUUCCUUAAACUACAAAGGCAAGAGGAAUACGAAGUUGAUCUUGCCAUACGUAGUAGCUACAACAAGAGAUUGCUUGUGGCAUUCACGGAGGUGCUGACCAAAGUGGAACACCGCUUUUGGACUCGGGAAACAAGCACUGAGUGGUUGGAUCGCAUUGUGAUUCAUGUCUGGGAUGAUGAGCAGUGGCUGCAGAACUUUCGCAUGAAGAAAGCCACAUUCAUGGGAUUUUAUGAGGAACUCGCCCCAGCUCUGCGGCACAAGGACACAAGAAUGAGAGCUGCCCUGUCAUUGGAGAAGCGUGUGGCAAUUGUACUGUGGAAGCUGGCUACUCCAGACUGCUACUGAUCUGUCACUAACCAGUUUGGAGUGGGAAAGUCGACCGUUGGAGUCGUGUUGAUGGAAGUUUGCAGGGCCAUCUAUCGCAUCCUGCUCCGAAAGACCAUGACUCUGGGCAACGAAGGAGUAAAAACAGAGAAUGACCAUAUCAAUCUAAAAGUAGCUGGCCAGGAUGGAUCCGUGGUGCAGUUCAAAAUAAAAAGGCAUACACCCCUAAGCAAACUAAUGAAGGCUUAUUGUGAGAGACAGGGUUUGUCAAUGAGACAGAUUAGAUUCAGAUUUGAUGGACAACCAAUUAAUGAAACUGACACACCUGCACAGCUGGAGAUGGAAGAUGAAGAUACUAUUGAUGUGUUUCAACAGCAGACAGGUGGAGUGUGUUAAACGUGAUCCUUUUGGGAAGAGGAAUUUAAAGACCCUUGUCACACCUCACUUUCUCAUCUGUCCUUGGAUUUGCUAUUAAAUAGUAAUGAAUGAACAUGCCAAUCACACAGGAUUCUUCUAAAACUUUAGAGGACAUUUACCAAAAUUGUUCUGCUGUCCCUCUGACAUACUGCGUGUGCAAGUCUAAACUGUAUCUGCAGGGAUUAACCUACAUCUUAAAUUGGGCCAAAUGGAAUUAACUUUUCAGUUUAAGUAAAAUAUGGGUUGUCUGUCUGCUGUUACCUUGUUUAUAUAAACCUGUGGCCUAAGUAACCACCUAUAUUCUAGGACAUGAAUUGUUCAUUCCUGGCUCUUGUUAUAUUAUUGCCCCACUGCAUAAUUCUAAUCAUGUAAAUAUAUCCUCACUUCAGUAGUGAGUUUAAAAUCUCCUCCUACAAUAGGGCAAGGGAAGAAAAGGUUAUUGAUUUAGAAGUUUUUACUAUGUGUUGUAAACACAGUUAUUAUUGUAAAACUUAAAACCUAUGAUACAAGGACUGUACAUGCAGAUAUAAGGCUUAGUAUAGAGUAAAUGUUUAAAAUAUUGCAAAUGUACAUGUGCUUUGUCAUAAUCUGAUAAAAUAGACUGAAAUUUAAGUUUUAAAAAACAAAAAUGAAGGAAUUGCCCAGAAUUAAUGUCAGCAACCAGAAUGCUAGUCCAAACCUACUGGUGUUCAUGACUGAACACUAGUGUAUUAUGUUCCGUAAGAAUAAAAAGAAAAAAGUCCAUCGUCACAGCUCACUAUCCAUUUAUUAGGUGAUGGACAAAAAAAUGUGUAACUUGUCCCUGUCAUCCCCUUUAAUACAAACAUAGAAGUUGUAUCAUUAUUACUCACUUGGUACUAGUAAAUAUGUGGCCUCUGGUUUCUUUCAAUAUGUGUUUCUUAUGGAUAAAUGUGGUCUUAUAUAAAACAAAACAAACCCCUAACAGACAGACUCUUGAUGAGCUUAUGGCCAAGUUGUAUGUGCAGAAGAGCUAUUAAAAGAUUGCUAAGCACAAAAACCUUGAAAAGGUAAUUUAAGGUUCUUCUGAGAAAUUUCUGCUCUGCUGCUUCCCAAAAUGUAUUGAAUUUUAAAUGCAUUUAUGUGGUGACUUUCAGUUCUGUAUGAUGUUUUGGGCUCUACUCCAAAUGAAAUUUUUAAAAGGUCAUUCUAUUAUCCUUCAAUAGGUUGUCAAUCGCUGCUUGAUUAGGUCAUUAUCUGCCUUUUAUAUUUACCUGACCAAUUUGACAACAUUAGAUCAUCACUUUGCUUGAAAUCUUGCUGGGAAAAGUCCUUAUUUUCUUUUUCAUUUUAUUGUAUAUGGGCUAGGGUGGGAUAUUCUGUUAGAGCUCAUAGUUUAGUCACCAAUUUGUACAUUAUUUGUUGUCCUUUACUACUGUAUACAGUAAAUAUAGUUUGGUACUCUG